AUGGAUCAUCUUAUUUGGUAUUGUCCUAUCGCCAGGCAUGCAUGGCUCUCUUUGCUGACUUGGUUUCAUUUGGAGGAGCCCCUGAUCUCUGAUGUUGGGAGCCUCGUGAUUUCGGCUAUGCAGAUUCGAGCCAGCAGGCAGCUUACCAAUCUUUGGUGGGUUGGUUUCAUUUCCACGAUUUGGUGCAUUUGGAAUCAUCGUAACCAGGUCAUCUUUGAGGAUGCGGCCUCCUCCGCUACUUCUAUCACUAUUCAGGUGAAGACGUUUAUCUUGGAGGCUUCUCGGCUCUGCCCAGGUCCUAUGGCAAACACUGUGGAUGAGUUGUUAGUUCUGCACGGGCUUGGCGUUCCUGGCAAGCCUCGUUCCUCGGUUUCUUACAUCUAUGUCUUAUGGCGGGCCCCUCCUGCCCCCUGGCUGAAGUUCAAUAUUGACGGGUCGGUCCAUGGGGCCCCACCUUGCAUUCAUGCUGGGGGUAUUAUUCGUAGUUGGGCUUUCGAUGCUGAGCUCCUUGCACUUAUCAUUGCACUUGAGCGGAUUGUGCACCACGGCUGGUACUAUGUUUGGAUUGAAUCGGAUUCCUCCUAUGUGGUGAACCAUUUCAGAUCCCGUUCUCUAACGGUGCCUUGGCGUUUCCUCAACCAGUGGAAGAAGUCACUUCAGGAUUCCUCCCAUCUACACAUCUGUAUUUCGCACAUCUAUAGGGAAGGCAACGCGGUGGCUGAUUUCCUUGCCUCGUUGGUCGUGGAAAAGGGUUUUUGGCCUUCUGUUGUUCCUGGGAUUUCUUCGUUAGUUCGUGAUGAUGUUUGCUCCCUCCCUUAUGUUCGCAUUGUUCAGUAG